AUGUCUGUAGUUCAUAACGCGGUGGAGAUCGAGGACUUCCAAUAUGACAAGGACUUGGAGACCUACUUCUACCCCUGCCCAUGUAGGGAUAACUUCUCCACCACCAGGGACAACAGGAGAGACAUGGCAACAUAUCCUGACUAUGCCUUCAGUAUAAAGGUGAAUGACAAAGGUCAGUUUUAGUGUGGAGGAACCGUCCCAGCCCCUGCAACCAACAAAGAAUUAAUUAAAUACUGA